GCGGGGAGGCGCCGGGGGCGGCGGGCGGCGGGGCGGGCGCAGGAUGAGGGCGGCCAUUGCUGGGGCUCCGUUUCGGGGAGGAGGACGCUGAGGAGGCGCCGAUCCGCGCAGCGCUGCGGGGGAGGUGCCCGCGCCGACGCGGGGCCCAUGGCCAGGACCACCAGCCAGCUGUAUGACGCCGUGCCCAUCCAGUCCAGCGUGGUGUUAUGUUCCUGCCCAUCCCCAUCAAUGGUGAGGACCCAGACUGAGUCCAGCACGCCUCCUGGCAUUCCUGGUGGCAGCAGGCAGGGACCCGCCAUGGACGGCACUGCAGCCGAGCCUCGGCCCGGCGCCGGCUCCCUGCAGCACGCCCAGCCUCUGCCGCAGCCUCGGAAGAAGCGGCCUGAGGACUUCAAGUUUGGGAAAAUUCUUGGGGAAGGCUCUUUUUCCACGGUUGUCCUGGCUCGAGAACUGGCAACCUCCAGAGAAUAUGCGAUUAAAAUUCUGGAGAAGCGACAUAUCAUAAAAGAGAACAAGGUCCCGUAUGUAACCAGAGAGCGGGAUGUCAUGUCGCGCCUGGAUCACCCCUUCUUUGUUAAGCUUUACUUCACAUUUCAGGACGACGAGAAGCUGUAUUUCGGCCUUAGUUAUGCCAAAAACGGAGAACUACUUAAAUAUAUUCGCAAAAUCGGUUCAUUCGAUGAGACCUGUACCCGAUUUUACACGGCCGAGAUUGUGUCUGCUUUAGAGUACUUGCACGGCAAGGGCAUCAUUCACAGGGACCUUAAACCGGAAAACAUUUUGUUAAAUGAAGAUAUGCACAUCCAGAUCACAGAUUUUGGAACAGCAAAAGUCUUAUCCCCAGAGAGCAAACAAGCCAGGGCCAACUCAUUUGUGGGAACAGCGCAGUACGUUUCUCCAGAGCUGCUCACGGAGAAGUCCGCCUGUAAGAGUUCAGACCUUUGGGCUCUUGGAUGCAUAAUAUACCAGCUUGUGGCAGGACUCCCACCAUUCCGAGCUGGAAACGAGUAUCUUAUAUUUCAGAAGAUCAUUAAGUUGGAGUAUGACUUUCCAGAAAAAUUCUUCCCUAAGGCAAGAGACCUCGUGGAGAAACUUUUGGUUUUAGACGCCACAAAGCGAUUAGGCUGUGAGGAAAUGGAAGGGUACGGACCUCUUAAAGCACACCCGUUCUUCGAGUCCGUCACGUGGGAGAACCUGCACCAGCAGACGCCUCCGAAGCUCACCGCUUACCUGCCGGCCAUGUCGGAAGACGACGAGGACUGCUAUGGCAAUUAUGACAAUCUCCUGAGCCAGUUUGGCUGCAUGCAGGUGUCCUCGUCCUCCUCCUCACACUCCCUGUCAGCCUCGGACGCGGGCCUGCCCCAGAGGUCAGGCAGCAACAUAGAGCAGUACAUUCACGAUCUGGACUCGAACUCCUUUGAACUGGACUUACAGUUUUCCGAAGAUGAGAAGAGGUUGUUGUUGGAAAAGCAGGCUGGCGGAAACCCUUGGCACCAGUUUGUAGAAAAUAAUUUAAUACUAAAGAUGGGCCCGGUGGAUAAGCGGAAGGGUUUAUUUGCACGACGACGACAGUUGUUGCUCACAGAAGGACCACAUUUAUAUUACGUGGAUCCUGUCAACAAAGUCCUGAAAGGUGAAAUUCCUUGGUCACAAGAACUUCGACCAGAGGCCAAGAAUUUUAAAACUUUCUUUGUCCACACGCCUAACAGGACGUACUAUCCGUGUGCCCUCGUUGCCGUGGGGACCCAGCUCCGUGCACGUCAGCCCAGUCCCGCCCAGACUAGUGGACAGACCUGGUGUCACCAGCUUCUCCUAGCAUCAGUCCGAACCAUGUGCCCGCCCUGCCCCAACUGUGUGCUGGUCCUGCUGUGGCCGAGGGGACCGGGUGUGUUUGGCUCUUUAUGCCCCUCCCGCUGUGGUCCUGGAACCAGGGCGGUGGGCAGUCGUGGUGUAGAGCACAAGGCUCUCCACCCUAGCGAGAGGGCUCUGUACCACGGCUACCAUGUGGAACCUUAACUUGCAGAAAACUUGUUAACAAUUGUUUUGAGAGAGAUGGCUGGUCAUGCCACAGCUGCUGGGGACUCUGCCUCCUCCAGCCCUCUUGGGACACACUGUGGGAUUUGUGGCCCUCCCCAGAGGAAUUGUGGAGACUGUCCCAUGGCACAAAUCCCCAGGCAGCAGCACAGGGCUCUGGGUGACUCAAAACUAACAUUUGUCUCUGACAAGAUCAGCUGUAGGCUCACCGGCCAGAGAAGACCACUGUGAGCAUUUUGCCCUAUAUCCUGCCCUGCCAU